GGAGAGCCGGAGCUCAAACAGGUGUAAACCCAACAGGUAGUAAGCUGAGCCUCCGUUCCCUCCAACUAUGAGGGCAGAAAUCCUUAUAGAGUAGGAUCAGCUCUUCAUGCUUCAUCUCUAGGAAAGAAUUUUUCUUUUUAACAAAGCAAACCUCCUCUGAGGAUGAGAGCGCCUCGUCUCACCUGGACUUCUGGACGGAUGGAUUUCCUGGAAUGAUGAGCCUCGUCCUGGUGCUGAAAUCCCCCCUGAUUGUGUCAAAGUUGGAGCCACUCCUGAGGAGGAUGACCUCUCUGCAAAGCAGCGUCCUGCUGUGUCUCUGUGUCCUGCAGAUCUUUGAGUCACACCAAACGUUUGUGGAUCUUCCUCCAAACAAGUCCAUCCAGUCGCUGACGGAGAAGGAGACCAUCCUGCCCUGUGUGUUCAAGCCGGGCCAGGGCACCAGUGUGGUGCAGAUCACCUGGUUGAAGAAGACUGCAUCUCAACCGGAAAACAUCAUCACUGCACACAAUACUGAUGGACAGACAGUUUUCCCAAAAUGGGCCCAGCGGGUCCGCUUCAAAAGCAGGGAUCCCAUCCAGAACUCCUCCCUGGUCCUCAUGAACACAGACAUCUCUGAUGAAGGGAUCUACAUCUGCCGCAUCUCCUCCUUCCCCGACGGAAACUUUGAAACAGAGAUUUCUCUGAAACUGUGGAUCAUUCCCAUUACCUCCCUCGAACCCGUCAUUCUGGUGGAGGGAGAACCUCUCAAGCAGGUCGCCUCGUGUCGCUCCUCUGGACACCCAGUUCCUCGACUGUCCUGGGACACCGAUCAGCCAGGGCAGUCGUCCAAUCGCAACUUCAGUGGUGGAGUGGUCUCCACUCAGUACUUCCUUCAUCCACUGAAGAGCAUGAAUGGGAAGAAGUUGGAUUGUCUGGUGUGGCAUCCGGCCUUCCUGACCCCACAGAGGAUUAAAAAUAACCUGGUGGUGCAGUUCGCUCCUCAAGCCGAGGUGAAAGGGUACAACAAUUCGUGGUUUAUUGGAAUGAAAAACAUCGCCCUCAAUUGUGUGAGUGGGGGGAACCCUAAACCCCAAAAUUUCACCUGGACCAGAAUUGGUGGAGAGCUGCCUAGAGGAGCGAGGGCGCAUCCUGAUGGAAGACUUGAGUUUGUGGAGCCGCUAACCUCCGAGGAUAAGGGCACGUACCAGUGUGUGGCUGCAAACACAGUGGGGGAAGCAGCAGCCCAGGUGGACAUUAGUUUGAAAGAUCCUCCCCUUCUGGACGAAAGGUUAAUGAUUCUCAUCGUGGCUGUUGUCUGUGGACUCCUGAUCUUGAUGGUCAUCAUCGUCAUCUCUGUCAUAUGUUACCACAAGCGCAAGAACAAGAAACUCAAGGAGGAGCUGAAUAAGAAGACAGACGAAGUUGAUACUCUGUCCAGACAGGCUUCUGUUAGGAGAGUUCAUUCUGCCAGCACUGACGCCAGGGGACUGAUUGAAGAAUUCCCCGUUAGAGUGUCAGGAGUUCUGAGACAGAGCCAGAGUUCCCUCGGGGAGCAGGCCUGUUGCCGUGACAGCAGAUCCACGAUCUCGGCGUUUGACUCUCUGGGCAGGCCGGCCAUCCACAGAUCAACAGAGCGCUAUCAGCACAGAGAUGAGAACAUGUACAGAGUGGAAGAAUUUGUGAGAAGCUCAGUAAGCUCACAAAAGGCCCAUUACUACCAACCUCUCGUGGCAAACAACUACUCUGUGGGAAAUUCACACGAUGGCUUCAGACAUCUGAACGGCAGCGCCAUUAUCGCAGCUGAUGGAGGAUCACGACAAGGGAGUGUUCUGAAAAACCACCAGGUCCCUCCGAUGAGCUACGGCUACUCAAGUGUCAUGGACGAUGAGGAUGUUGAUGAGGGGCUGGGUGGUCCAGCCAGCCAAGAGCAUCCUGAUGAUCAAGACAGUGUGACCAACAGCUUCCACGUGUCUGAGCCUCACUGCUCAUAAACGCCAGAAAGGAGGACACGUAUGAUGUCACACAAGGAUCAGCUUAGAGUGAACGAAAAAACAGACCGAAAACUUGGAAAAUAGACAUUGUAACUGAAAAAAAAAAUGAAAAUUGGAAAACAAGACAUAAAAAUAAAAUUAAAAAAAUAAAAACUUGAAAUAAAUCUUAACAUUAAAAAAAUAAAAAUUGAAAAAACCUUGAAAACUUGAAAUAAAUCUUGAAAAUUUGAAAAACUACUGAAAAGUUGAAUAAAAAACAUAUAAAUGUAAAAAUUACCAAUUGGAAAACAAUGUAUCCAUUAGUAAAAGCUGCUGUUUUGUAUUUUCAACUUUUUUUUUUUUUUUUUGCUUUUCUGAAUCUUAACUUUCAGUCCUCAGUUUAAAGUGCCAAUUCUGAUUUUUAGGUAUUUGCUGCUGAGCCCAGUUUUACAUGGGGUGGGGCUUGGAGCUCAUUGGCAUUUUCAAAAAAGUUGAAAAUUCAAAACAGCAGGUGUUACUAAUCGAUUAAUUCUUUUUCAAUUGGUAAUUUUUACAUGUAUAGUUUUUUUUUAAUUCAAGUUUUCAGUAUUUUUUUCUAAUUUUCAAGAUUUAUUUCAAGUUUUCAGGUU